AUGGAAAUCAGUCCUUCGGGCAUGGACAGCACUCUUUUAGCAGUUCCUAUUGAGGGAAAUGAUCUAAUGGACGCAUUAUUCCCUACUCUCCCCCUUAAUCCAGCGGACAUGGACACCACUCUCUCAACAUUUCCUAUCGAGGAAAAUGAUCUAAUGGAUGCAUCACUUCCUACUCUCACCAUUGAUCCAGCGGACAUGGACCUUGAUACCAUGACUUUUACAUUCGAUGAUGAGGAAUCCGCCAACAUUUGGGCCUCCCGCGACCAGCUUCAGGAUCUCCCAACACUCGACACUGGGCUUCAAGAAAACAAUGUUGCUGAAGCGCCAACAACCGUUGAGCCGCUUGCAACUCUAAUUUCGGAUGAGCACUCGUUUGGCAGCACUACUUGCCCUGACUUGUCAAAUGAUUCGACCUCGGAGAGAGAAGACUCCGUGUCAAGUCAGUACACCCCACCAACUCCUGUCAGUAAAUCGCCUUCUCUCGAGCGGGCUCUUAUCAUGCCACCAGCACCAGCGGGCGUGACUAGCGAGGCUCAACAUCAAAUACCUCGAGAUCCGACUGCAGAAGAGAUAGAGCUCAUAGCCCAACAUCUCCAAAACGAAUCGAUCAGCCUCAAUCAGCAUCCAAGCACUCCAAAUCCGCCUCUUGCGCAUAUCAUUAUGGAGAUACGUCCGGGGGGAGGAUACCCUCGUCAAGUCCCGAUAUAUUACCCGAUGCAUUAUCAUGAACAUACGGCAAUGCCUGGCCCUCAACUUGGUCAAUUCUAUCAGGUCUUUCCACCUUUGGGGCACCCUAUUCCCCCGACAUACCCGAUGCCACCAACAUACCCGAUGCCACCUCGAGCUAUACAACCUCCUCCAGUCUCAAACAAACGAACUUUCGAGUUUGUUGAGCCCGAGGUACCUGAAAAUUUUGUGGCCAAUCCUAAUAAUCAUGGCCGCUGGCAAUACGACCGACACGGCAACCGGCACUACCUCAAUGCCUCAAAGACGAAAAGGGCUCGUACAAAUUGA